AUGUCGUCGCUAACAAAGAAUUCCAAUGCGGCCCCCAGGUUCCGACAACACGUUGGUUUUGACAACCUACCCGCCGGCGAUUCGACCAAGAACAACACGUCCUCCUUCACACUCCAUGUUAAACAUCAGGGGUACCAGCCAUCUCGAAGGUCUCGUACCUUUAUGGUGGGCGUGGACGAGCAUGCCUAUUCCGAUUAUGCGCUGGUCUGGCUGCUAAACAACAUGGUCGACGAUGGAGACCAGGUAGUAUGUGUGCGCGUCAUUGAGAAUCCAAUCCGCCCAGGGGAGAAAUCCUACCAGGAGGAAGCGAGGAAGCUGUUGCAAACCAUUCAAUCCAAGAACGAGCAGAAUAGGGCUAUCAGCAUUAUUCUCGAGUGGGCCGUUGGAAAACUGCAUUCUACUUUCCAGAAAUUGCUUCAUCUCCACCAACCCUCGAUGCUCGUUGUCGGCACAAAGGGCAGGUCUCUUGGCGGAAUCCAGGGCCUGAUGAACACGCGCAACUCCUUCUCAAAAUACUGCCUCCAGUACAGCCCUGUCCCCGUGGUCGUUGUUCGACCAGACGACAAGCGACUUAAAAAGAAGGAGAAACGUACCCACGAUCCGAACCGACAGAGCUAUGCUGCCAUGCUGGCGUACAACGACGGAAAACACGAAGCCGACGGUGACGCAAGCAGUCUUUACGAGAUGGAAAAGAAUAUUUCUCCGGACGAGGAGGCACACCGAGUGGCUGCCGCGAUUGGGUUACCAGCAGCGUUCGAUCCCACCAUCAAACCGUACGAGCCUAACAAGCCUCGCUACCGACGAACAUCUCCGCCCUCUGCUCCUUCUCCCACAGCAGCCGGGACAACCUUCGUUUCUCCGUCACAGACGGCGCAAGCGAACGAAAGUGGCGACGAAGAUACGGGCGAGGAGGAAGAUGAGUACGAGAUUGAGGCGGUUUCGGGCGGCCAACUUCUAGCUGCAGAUGAACGGAAGAAAUUGGCACUUGAGAGAGAACAAAAGAAGCGACUCCACGCUAUGGAAGUAGGAGAAGCCGCUGCCCUGCUCAAGUCAGGGCAGUCAGGGAAAUCAAGGGAUUCGGACGACGAGGAUGAAUGA